AUGGAGUCUCAACAGCCCGCAGCAUAUCAGCAUGGCCCUCCACCCUUCUCAGCUGCGCAGAUGACGUCGCAGAAGCUUGCAAUGGACCUCGACUAUGAGGACGAUAGAAGGAAUCGUGCAGCUAGUGUUCUGUCAGGCAUGUCGCAGGAAGACAUGGAAGCUGCGGAGACCUUGAACAGUAUACAAGCUCGUAAGACCCCAAACUUACGUCCAACAAAAUCCUCUCGGUUGACAUCUUCAGAUUUUCAUGCCCCUUCGCAGCAACGUCCUCCAAACUUGAUCCAGUCUCAGACCACAUACUCCCCAGACGACCAGCCUGAGCCUCUUUUCUCCCUCCUCACUUCACAGUACCCUCUUACAGCGUCAAUGAUCAACCGAUCGCUAUCCGUGUACCGAGGAACCCAAUCCUUAAUACCCGGAGCCUAUACGGUGGAACAGAACGUUGGGCUGCCGCUUGCAAGUAUGCUCGGCCGUGUCACCGGUGUCGAAGGUGGCAUCCGAUGGGCAUUGCAGCCCAGAAGAAGAGACAGCAACGACGCGUCAACCUCCAAGCCUCAGAAGGCCGAUAUCGAAGCCGGUAUAGAACGUCCUCGGAGGAAUGGAAGACACACGAGGCGAAGCUCAGGAAUGAGUGAACAGCUACCAGCAUAUGACGAUUCGGGAAGAUCACCUCCGUACCAAGAGCAACAACUGGUGCCUCAGACCAGAGAUGGUCAAACUCCACCUGGCUGGCGAGCACAAUUGAUGAUCUCCACCAGCGGUCUUGGCAUUGCCAUGAGCGAGGAAAGCCUUCGAAGUUUGAGGUAUUGCCUCUCCUGGCUAAGGUGGGCGAAUGAACGACUAGGCGGAGUCAUACUCUCUCUUCACGACGUUUUGAAGAAAAGGGAGCAAGGUCAGCGACAAGCGAUUAUGUCCGAGUGUGAGCAAGCAGAGAAUGAGAAGCCGAGCAAGGCGGCCAUGGCAGCCAAGAUUCAGGAGCUCAAAGGAGUCGUUCUUCAGACUCUGAAGCAGGUAGUUGAGGUCGUCAGCAAUUAUGCUGGAGGUGCUCUCCCCGAGAAUGCCAGACACCUCGUCCAUCGCCAUAUCACUUCUCUACCUGCUAGAUUUCGAAUGGCGUCGUCAAUGUCCCUGGACGAGAAUGGCGGAAAUGAAAGCGCUCAUAAAGUGAUGAUGCUGGCUCAAGAAGGCCUGAACAUGAUGGGCCAAGUCAGUGGAGUCGUCAAUGACACUCUCGUCAGCGCAGAGAGCUGGUGCGAGAAACUAGGUCGGCGGCAGGGUCAGCAUCAGCAACAAGAGUCGGCGUUGCAGGUUGAAGACAUGAAGAUGGACGAACAGUCUCAGUAUCAGGAAAAUCCAUCUCGGUCUUCGAGUGCCUCCGGCCUUAGCAGCGAACAAGUGGAUGUGGAUGUUAAGAUGGAGGGAUAA